AUUCCUGUUUUCAGACAUUCAAAGCAGACGUCUGGUCGAUGAUAAUAUUCGUGAUCGUGACUGCUCCAAUCUUUUUGACUCUCAUGAAGACGAGAGGUCGUAUCGUGAUGAGAAUUCUGGCAGAUAAUUACAUAUACGUUUGGGGGAUUUAUUGUCAGCAAGGCUUGUCAGGUAAUUGCAACACAGAGAUACGAAGUGGAAUAUUCUCGCACGAAACCUCUCUCUUUCAGAAUUUCCAACCAAGUUCUCGAUGAGAUUGGCUUUCCUAUCGAUUUUCUUGUCGUCGUUGAUCAUUCUAUCCGCUUACUCCGCCUCGCUGACCAGUUUUUUGACAGUCUCUACGGUUACUUUGCCUUUCUCCACUAUGGAAGAGUUCGCUAAUUAUGGGUCGUACAAAUUAAUUACAUUCAGAAACAGUGCGGAUUACGACAUGUUAAUUGCUGCUAACAGCACUUUAUUCGAGAAGGUGAAGAAAUUGAUAAAGGACAAGGAAGAUUUGCCUUUGACGGCUCACGAUGGCUUUCUACAGGUAUGUAACGAAAAAGUGGGGUUCUACAUAACCGAAGCGAUAAAGAACGCCAUCAAUAUACCGUGUGAAACUUCGUUUAUCGAUGCGGAUAGGGUCGACAGUUUGGCUCUAGUUUUGCAGAAACACGGUCAAUAUACAGGAGUGGUGAAUUAUUAGUAAAUAUAUAUGUUUAUUUUACUUUUAUCGUUAUUAAUUUUACUUGAAGUUAUGCCAACGCUUGUUUUAAAUAUUUGUAGUCUACAACAAUUCAAAGAUAACGGAGUACUGGCCAGAUUGAAGAAUACGUUUCUGGUAACUGGGGAUUCUCUCGAGAAAGGGAACGUUACUGUUAAUUUG